AUGACUGCCACAGUGACCCUGGAGGAUGCUCUGUCCAAUGUGGACCUGCUGGAAGAGCUUCCGCUUCCAGACCAGCAGCCCUGUAUCGAGCCCCUUCCAUCCUCACUCAUCUUUCAGCCCAACUUUGACACCAACUUCGAAGAUCGCAACGCUUUUGUGACUGGAAUUGCCCGCUACAUUGAGCAAGCCACAGUCCACUCCAGCAUGAAUGAAAUGCUGGAGGAGGGCCAGGAGUACGCUGUGAUGCUCUACACAUGGAGAAGCUGCUCCAGAGCCAUCCCCCAGGUAAAGUGCAACGAGCAGCCCAACAGAGUGGAGAUCUAUGAGAAGACCGUGGAGGUGCUGGAGCCUGAGGUCACCAAGCUAAUGAACUUCAUGUACUUCCAGCGGACAGCUAUCGAUCGUUUCUGUGGUGAAGUGCGUCGUCUGUGUCACGCUGAGCGCCGGAAGGACUUUGUUUCUGAGGCCUAUCUACUCACACUGGGAAAGUUUAUCAACAUGUUUGCUGUACUGGACGAACUUAAGAACAUGAAGUGCAGCGUGAAGAACGACCACUCAGCAUAUAAACGUGCGGCCCAGUUUCUGAGAAAAAUGUCCGAGCCGUCCUCCAUCCAGGAGUCUCAGAACCUGUCCAUGUUUCUGGCCAACCACAACAAGAUCACCCAGUCCCUGCAGCAGCAGCUAGAGGUGAUUAAUGGCUACGAAGAGCUGCUGGCUGACAUUGUCAAUCUUUGUGUGGACUACUACGAGAACAAGAUGUACUUGACCCCCAGUGAGAAACACAUGCUGCUCAAAGUGAUGGGCUUUGGCCUGUAUCUAAUGGACGGAACCAACAGCAACAUCUACAAACUGGACGCUAAGAAGAGAAUCAACCUCACUAAGAUUGACAAGUUUUUUAAGCAACUGCAAGUGGUGCCACUGUUUGGAGACAUGCAGAUUGAGCUGUCCCGCUACAUCAAAACCAGUGCUCAUUUUGAGGAAAACAAGUCCAGGUGGUCUUGCACAUCUGCAGGCAGUAGUCCUCAGUAUAAUAUCUGUGAGCAAAUGCUUCAAAUCAGAGAUGACCACAUGCGCUUCAUCUCUGAGUUGGCUCGCUAUAGCAACAGUGAGGUGGUGACAGGGUCCGGUCGCCAGGAUGCACAAAAGACAGACUCCGAGUACAAGAAGCUGUGUGAUCUGGCUUUGCAAGGCCUGCAGCUGCUCUCUCAGUGGAGCGCCCAAGUCAUGGAAGUGUAUUCAUGGAAAUUGGUGCACCCAACAGACAAGUACUCCAACAAGGAAUGUCCUGACAAUGCUGAGGAGUAUGAACGUGCCACUAGGUACAACUACACCAGCGAGGAGAAGUUUGCUCUGGUGGAGGUGAUGGCCAUGAUAAAGGGGCUACAGGUGCUGAUGGGCCGUAUGGAGAGUGUGUUCAACCACGCCAUUCGCUACACCAUCUAUUCCGCCCUGCAAGACUUCGCCCAGCUCACGCUCCGAGACCCGCUGCGCCAAGCCAUCAAGAGGAAGAAGAACGUCAUUCAGAGUGUCCUCCAGGCCAUCCGAAAGACUAUCUGUGACUGGGAGACAGGAAGAGAGCCUCAUAAUGAUCCAGCCCUGCGAGGGGAGAAGGACCCCAAAGGAGGCUUUGACAUCAAAGUGCCCCGUCGUGCUGUGGGACCCUCGAGCACUCAGCUGUACAUGGUGAGGACUAUGCUGGAAUCCCUGGUUGCUGAUAAGAGUGGCUCUAAGAAGACUCUGCGCAGUAGCCUGGAAGGCCCCACCAUCUUGGACAUAGAGAAAUUCCAUCGUGAAUCCUUCUUUUACACUCACUUGCUCAAUUUCAGUGAGACACUGCAACAGUGCUGUGACCUGUCCCAGCUGUGGUUCAGGGAGUUCUUUCUGGAGCUCACCAUGGGCCGCCGUAUCCAGUUCCCUAUUGAGAUGUCCAUGCCCUGGAUCCUCACCGAUCACAUUCUGGAGACUAAAGAGGCCUCAAUGAUGGAGUAUGUUUUGUAUCCCCUGGACCUGUACAACGACAGUGCACACUACGCUCUCACCAAGUUCAAGAAGCAGUUCCUCUAUGAUGAGAUUGAGGCUGAGGUAAAUCUGUGCUUUGACCAGUUUGUCUACAAACUUGCAGACCAAAUCUUUGCGUACUACAAGGUUCUCGCUGGAAGUCUGCUUCUGGAUAAGAGACUGCGGGCUGAGUGUAAGAACCAGGGCGCCAACAUUCCAUGGCCUGCUUCCAACCGCUAUGAGACACUGCUGAAGCAGAGACAUGUUCAGCUGUUGGGUCGUUCCAUUGACCUGAACCGUCUCAUUACUCAGCGAGUGUCUGCUGCCCUUUACAAGUCCCUUGAGCUGGCUAUUAAUCGCUUUGAGAGCGAGGACCUCACCUCCAUCGUAGAGUUGGAGGGCUUGUUGGAGAUCAAUCGGAUGACCCACAAGCUCCUCAGCAAGUUCCUGACCCUGGACAGCAUGGAUGCCAUGUUCCGUGAGGCUAACCACAACGUAUCUGCUCCAUAUGGCAGGAUCACACUGCAUGUCUUCUGGGAACUCAACUACGACUUCCUACCCAACUACUGCUACAACGGCUCUACCAACAGGUUUGUUCGCACUGUGCUGCCGUUCUCACAGGAGUUCCAGCGGGACAAGCCACCCAACGCCCAGCCACAGUACCUCUAUGGCUCUAAGGCCUUGAACUUGGCCUACAGUAGUAUAUUUGGCUUCUACCGGCACUUUGUAGGCCCACCCCACAUCAAGGCUGUGUGCAGACUGUUGGGAUACCAGGGCAUCGCUGUGGUUAUGGAGGAACUGUUGAAAGUUGUUAAGAGCCUGCUCCAGGGCACAAUCCUGCAGUAUGUUAAGACCCUGAUGGAAGUGAUGCCCAAGAUCUGCCGUCUCCCACGCCACGAGUACGGCUCACCAGGUAUCCUGGAGUUUUUCCACCACCAGCUGAAGGACAUUGUGGAGUAUGCUGAGCUGAAGACUGUGUGCUUCCAGAACCUGAGGGAGGUGGGCAACGCUGUGCUCUUCUGCCUGCUCAGUGAACAGAGCCUGUCUCAGGAAGAAGUAUGUGACCUGUUGCAUGCUGCACCAUUCCAAAACAUUCUGCCAAGAGUUCAUGUCAAAGAGGGCGAGCGCCUGGAUGCUAAGAUGAAGCGGCUGGAGGCCAAGUACACGGCACUGCAUCUGGUGCCUUUAAUUGAGCGUCUGGGAACUCCGCAGCAAAUUGCCAUUGCUCGUGAGGCGGACCUGCUGACAAAAGAGAGGCUGUGCUGUGGACUGUCCAUGUUUGAAGUUAUCCUGACCCGUGUACGUGGUUUCCUGGACGACCCUAUCUGGCGCGGCCCGUUACCCAGCAAUGGUGUGAUGCACGUGGAUGAGUGUGUGGAGUUCCAUCGUCUGUGGAGUGCCAUGCAGUUUGUGUACUGCAUCCCUGUAGGAGCCCACGAGUUCACUGUGGAGCAGUGUUUUGGAGAUGGAUUGAACUGGGCAGGCUGCAUGAUUAUCACCCUGCUGGGCCAGCAGAGACGCUUUGACAUCUUGGACUUCAGCUACCACCUGCUCAAAGUGCAGAAACAUGAUGGCAAGGAUGAGAUCAUCAAGAGUGUGCCAUUAAAGAAAAUGGUUGACCGCAUUCGCAAGUUCCAAAUUCUGAAUGACGAGAUAUUUGCCAUUCUGAAUAAGUACCUGAAAUCCGGUGAUGGAGAGAACAUGCCAGUGGAACAUGUCCGAUGCUUCCAGCCACCAAUCCACCAAUCACUGGCCAGCAACUGAGAUCACUUUUUACCUUAAACCAAUUCUUAAUUAAACUAGCAGGAUUGGUGCAGGUUAGAUGUACUGUUGUUAACAAGGCACCAGCAAAACAGCAAACUACAUCUAAUGUAGUUGACCAAUUUUCAGUUACUAGUACAUUCACUAUUACAUUCUGUCAGAGGAACUACUUUACCUAAGCCUGUAGUGUUCAUCGAGCCAGUAAAUCAGCUUGUGAUUUGUCAAGUGACAUGCUUAUGAAGCAAUCACUGAUUGCAAUAUUGAUAUUGUGUAAAACUAAGACCAAGGCUUUGGUAAGACAAGCCCAAAGAUGUAGAUGUAAGAAGCGGACUUCUUUGGCCCAGUUUUAAACACUGUCUUCUAAGUUGAUUUUUUUUUUGUAUACACAAUGUGCCUUAUUAUUAUGAAUGACUUAACUUUACUUUUUUCAUUUCAUCUAGUACAGUGCUACUCAUUAUGUUUUAUACUCCUUCAAAGUUAUAGCCAAGUGUGGGAACGGCCAAGUGGGUUUUUAUCUAGAGAUUAUUUAAGUUUUGCUGUGGUGAAAGAUCUAUAGUAUAUUUUCUAUUUGGUAUUGUUAAAAUGACUGCAUGCCCCCUCCCCCAUUCUUAAAAGAAAGUUUCAGAAUAACCAAGUUCUUACUCUUGUUAAACAUUUGCCUUUUGUAUUUGAUUGUACUCUGAUUUUAAUUCAAUAAAUAUGUAACAAAUCUCA